AUGAAAGUUCUAAUCUUUUGUAUUUUGAUUCUUGGUUUUGUUUCAUCUUGUUUAUGUGAGAGGUGGAAUAUCAAUGCAGCUCCAACAAAGAAUAAUAUAUACAAUGUGGUUGAUUAUGGUGCUCGGGGUGAUGGAGUAACAGAUGAUACACAAGCAUUUUUAAAAGCAUGGAAAAAUGCAUGUGGAGCAAAAGGUGCAUCAACCCUGCUUAUACCACCCAAAAAAUUAUACUUGGUGAACAACUUGUUAUUUAACGGUGAAUGCAAGGCCAAGAGUAUCCUCAUUCAGUCAUCUUGGAUUAGGAUCCAAUAUGUAAACAGUCUCACAAUUGAUGGCACAAGCACAGGAAGAAUUGAUGGCUUUGGUUCUACUUGGUGGCCAUGCAAGAGUUGCCGUAGACCUAUUGCAUUGUCUUUCCAUUCCUGCAAUGAUCUUACUGUUAGUAAUGUGAGGAUUACUAAUAGCCCUGGAGGUCAUAUAUCUAUAAAUGGUUGCAACAAUGCAAAAUUCUCUCAUAUGGACGUUCAAUCUCCGGGUGAUAGUCCUAACACUGAUGGGUUUGACAUUUCGUCUUCUAAAAAUAUUUUGAUAGAAGAUUCAAACAUUCGAGUAGGUGAUGAUUGUAUUGCCAUCAAUGGUGGCUCUUCAUACAUCAACGCUUCACGUCUUGCUUGUGGACCGGGUCACGGAAUAAGCAUUGGCAGUCUUGGUAGAGGUAACUCUUAUGAGACAGUUGAAGAAGUACAUGUACAAAAUUGCAAGUUCACUAACACUACAAAUGGAGCUAGAAUCAAAACAUUUCCGGGUGGAUCAGGUUAUGCGAGGAAGAUUAGUUUUGAACAAAUCCAUCUUACAAAUGUUAAGAAUCCAAUAAUUAUAGACCAACACUAUGGGGAAUCGGCUGUGAAAGUGAGUGAUGUUAGAUAUUAUGGGAUUAAAGGAACUUCUGCUAGUGACGUGGCUAUCAAUUUGAAGUGUGAGAGCUGCUUCAAUGUUGUAUUGGAUCAAAUUAAUAUUGUUUCUUCUCAACCUAAAAAGAAGGCUCAGUCUUAUUGCAAAAAUUUCCAUGGAAAAAUUGGCUCCACUAUUCCGAAAGUCAAUUGCAAUUGA